UAGGAUUUACAUCAAUAUCCAGUCCAGUUAAGGUUGGAUCACUUCAACAAUUUACUGUUGGAUUGAAUGAUGGGUCAACUUGGCUUAUUUAUGCCGGUGGAAGUCCCGAAUUAGUAUUGACAUUGACGGAUGGGAAAAUCGUAUGUGACUCGGGACCAUUUUCCGGUACCAUUCAAAUCGCCAAAGUACCAAAGGGUAACGACGAAGCUAUAGGUAUUUACAGCAACAGUUCUGGAACUUAUGCCACGGGCGUUGAUUUAGACGUGGAAAACGACGGAAAAGUCGGUUCAUAUACCUUUAAUUGGAAAAUUGCCGGUGACUCAUCUAAGUCAUUAUUGCAAUUUGCAUUACCGCAUCACGUUUCAUCGCUUACAUCUGGAGCCACCUCAACAUCAAUUUCAUUGACUUCGCCGUCCAAAGGACAAAUGAUAGCAUUUAGUGGCAAUUCUUGGUCAUUUACUGAACCAGAAUUAAAUAAUAUUGGAAUUCUUCCAACAAAUUUUGAGUCAUUAUUGACCGGAGAUCAAAAGGCAUUGAUCGCAGAACAAGUUAAAUUAGAUAUUGCUCAAGAUUUCACAAAACUUUCGAAUUUGGAGAGUACGUAUUUUAGUGGAAAAGUGAUGGCUAAAUUUGCCCUAGUUUGUUUGAUAGCGAAAGAUGUUAUCGUAGAUGAAGCAUUGUCGACAACUUGCAUUGAUCAAUUAAAGAAUGCUAUGCAAUCCUUUGUGACAAAUACACAAACAGUUCCUUUUCGGUACGAUAGCUCAUGGAAAGGAAUCAGCAUCGAUCGAGAUGAUCAAGGCGCAGAUUUUGGUGCUGCUUUCUAUAAUGAUCAUCACUUUCAUUACGGAUAUUUCGUUUACACCGCAGCAAUUCUUCGUCACUUGGACGAAGCAUGGGGUGCACAAAAUGGGGAGUGGGUGGAAUCCUUGAUAAGAGACGUAUCCAAUCCAUCAGCAGACGAUACAUUUUUUCCAACAUUCCGUAAUUUUGAUUGGUUUUCGGGACAUUCAUGGGCGAGUGGUAUUAUUGCUUCGGGAGAUGGUAAUAACGAAGAGUCAACAAGUGAAGAUUAUAAUUUUGUUUAUGGAAUGAAAUUAUGGGGUCAAGUUUCCAAAAGGCCACAUACUGAACAGUUAGCUGAUGUGAUGUUAGCCGUUGAAGCUAGAAGCAUGAGUACUUAUUUCUUAAUGGAAGAUGAUAAUGUUGUUCAACCUAAAAAAUUUAUUAAGAAUAAAGUUACAGGGAUUUUAUUCGAGAAUAAAGCCGAUCAUACUACAUUCUUCAGCAACACAACAGACGCUAUUCAUGGAAUCCAAAUGAUACCUGUGACUCCAAUUAUGCCAUAUAUCCGUUCAAAGAAAUUCAUUACCGAAGAAUGGAACCAAAUACUCGCACCCAUAAUCG